GAAACAAAGCAGUCGGAUCGGAAUUGGACUUGGGAAGCGCCGUGUGGAGUCAGGCAUAAAACUUGUCGGAGGAGAGGAAUGAGCCUGCUCCUCUAGCUCUCCUCGUCUGCGCGGCGCUUCAGGGGUUCCCGCCAGCCUUGCGAUUUAUUUUUAUAUAUCUGCUUUUUAUAGAAAGAGAAAUAUAUAUAUAUUUUUUCCUCCUAAGUGAAAAUUUCUGUUUCGAGAGAAAAUAAGGCAAGAUCAAUGAAGGAGAGAAGAGCCAGCCAGAAAUUAUCCAGUAAAUCUAUCAUGGAUCCUAAUCAGAACGUGAAAUGCAAAAUAGUAGUGGUGGGAGACAGUCAGUGUGGGAAAACCGCGCUGCUGCACGUCUUCGCCAAAGACUGCUUCCCCGAGAAUUACGUCCCUACGGUGUUUGAGAAUUACACGGCCAGUUUUGAAAUCGACACACAAAGAAUAGAGUUGAGCCUGUGGGACACUUCGGGUUCUCCUUACUAUGACAACGUCCGGCCCCUCUCUUACCCAGAUUCAGAUGCUGUGCUGAUUUGCUUUGACAUCAGUAGACCAGAGACGCUGGACAGUGUCCUGAAAAAGUGGAAAGGUGAAAUCCAGGAGUUUUGUCCCAACACCAAGAUGCUCUUGGUCGGCUGCAAAUCUGAUCUUCGGACAGAUGUCAGUACAUUAGUAGAGCUCUCAAACCACAGGCAGACCCCAGUGUCCUAUGACCAGGGGGCAAAUAUGGCCAAACAGAUCGGAGCAGCUACUUACAUCGAAUGCUCGGCUCUACAGUCAGAAAACAGCGUCAGAGACAUUUUUCACGUGGCCACCUUGGCAUGUGUAAACAAGACAAAUAAAAACGUUAAGCGGAACAAAUCGCAGAGGGCGACAAAGCGGAUUUCACACAUGCCCAGCAGACCAGAACUCUCCGCGGUGGCUACGGACUUACGAAAGGACAAAGCCAAGAGUUGCACUGUGAUGUGAAUCUCUGGUUAUCUUUAAUGAGGACAAGGAAACCUAGUGUGGAAAACACCACCAACAAAAAAAAAAAAGGUGAAGUCUGAGCAAAGUGCAUAGCCAAAGUCACGUAUGCUGGAGGCUCGGGAGGCAUUUGGAAGGAUGCUCAUCUUUUUGGAAUCCUGUCCUUAGGUUCGGCAUGUAGAACAAGCGGUGAGAAGUGAGUUCAUUGAAGAGUUUUGAAGCGUGACUUGAAAAAUAUGCCAAAAAAGAGAGAUUCAGAUGGGCUAGAGGGUGAGGAGGAAUGCGAGGACCUCCAAGAAGAAAAACCACGCUCUGAAUGGUGCUUGCGUUUUUGUUUUCUUUGUUACAAUCUAUUCAUGGAUCUCUACUUUGAUUUAAUUUUUAAGUGUUUUAAUCUCCUUUACAAAAAGUAUAUAUUAAUACACCGUCCUCAUUGGGGAACUGGCACUGUGACCUUAGCAUUUAGUUUUCUAGAGGAUGUGAUCUAAUUUCCUCCUAGCUCGUCAUUAAAAUGGAAAUUGUAUCAGGACCCAUGGGAUAUCCAGAGGAAAAGUUGGUGAGGCUUUGAAAUCUUGCCAUCCUGAAGAUAGCUGAGCGAGAUGGUUCUCAAGAAAGGCCUUUGCAGUCUUGCAAGAUAUGCAGACCAGCACUACCAAGAUCGAAUAGGUCAGCUAGAAAAAAAGUGUCAAUUUUUAUUCAGUCUGAUGGUUCUGUUCAUCCUUGUGAUUGUCAUUAAAAAGUGGUAAAUUGCUCAAUGUGA